AACAUCUAUAAUAUAGGCACUAAAAGGCCAUUAUCUCUACAAAUAUUAAAUAGGUCGCAGGGUCCCAUGCCUUUCUCCGUCAUUCCCGUCCCCAAUUCCCCUCUUCUUCUUCUUCCCGGCCAUGAACCGAAUCGAUCCCCGCCACCGAUAUCGCCGCCAAUCACAAUCCAAGCCAUGAUUCUCGCCACCACCGCCGUUUCCUGGCUCCGAUCCCGCUGCAGCCGGAGAAGCCGCUGCGUCCUGAUCUCCCUCUGCUCCCCGCUCAUCCUGCCGCUGCUCUUCAUAUCUCUCCCUCUGCUCUUCGCGCUCGAGAUUUGCCUCUGGCUCCGACUCUGUCGCCGAAGGAAGCCGCGGCGGUGGCGGUGGGGCGGCGGGGGGAGGAGGAAAUCGGCGCUGAUCGAAAAGGGGGCGACGGUGGCUCCGGAUGAGCGACUGCGGCGGUGCGAGGAAGGUUUGCGGAAUCGGGAGGCGGAUGCGGAGGAGGAUGGCGAAAUUAUUGGGCGGCUGUUGCAAGUUUACUUGGAGGAUCAGCUACGGCUGGCUGGAUCGAUUGUGUUCGAGAGCGAUGAUGCGGCGGAGAGCGGCGGCGCCGGCGGCAGAUUUGGCAAAUUCGGAUUUCGCGAUGAGAACAGAGAAGCGGUGGACUCCAACAUUGUCCCGCUGUUGACCUAAUUUGGUUUUGGGGUUGGGGACUUAUUAGUGUCGCGUUUUGUGUUUUCCGCUUUUUUUUUGGUUAGUUCCUCAAAUUUGGGGGACUGUUUUAGAGAUUUAUUAUUUUCCACUGUAAAAUCAACACAUUUUUGUUUACCUUGGUGCUUAUUAAUUUUAUUCAAGUUACAUGUGAUUCAUGCUAUACAACUUAUUUUAAUAGGACACUUCUCCAUUGCAAUCUUUGAAGACAAAAUUUGACAACUCUUUCACUAGAAUACUAUUAUUUUCUCCACACACAAAGUGGACACGUGUGCGCGACAAUAAAGUUAAUACCUUCUUAUGUUCUUCGUUGAUUUCCUCAAUUCUUAAGUUUUCAGCCUAAUUUUCAUGUCAUUUAACAAUGUUAACUUUCUUCUAUGUUUCGCUACCGUUAAAAAUAAUCAUUAGUAGGAUCCAAACCCAUAAAUAUGCAAAUCCUAGACUAUAAUUUAAAGUAUUUUAACCAUUAAAACAAACUAUAUUUGAUGAUGUUAAUGACAAAUCUAGGGACUUUGCUACGGUGACAUGUCACCGUAACUUGCACUUUUAGGUCGACCUUAUAUAAGAUUAGGUCGACCUUAUAUAAGAUUAGGUCGACCUAAUAUGUCGUAUCAGUUUUGUGAGGUUCAACGACGCGGUUGGCCUUUUAUAACAAAUGGUCGACCUCUUUGGGAAGCGAACAGAAUGAAAUGUCGACCCAAAUACCUCAUAGGCCGACCAUUUUGAUUAACUGAGGUCGACCGCAUAAGUUGAUUUUCUUGUAUUCGGUCGACCUCGUACCGGAUUAGGUCGACCACAAAACCAACACUUGAUCUUCAUUUUACGUCAAAUGAUGAUGGAUAAAUGGAUACAACACUUCUCUUCUACGACAAAACCAACACUUCUCUUUCUGUAAAUGGUCGACCAUUUUGUUGAUGACCGUCAUCAAGUGGUCGACCUCUAUACCUUUACGGUCGACCAUUUUGCUUCUGAAGCCAAUGAGAAAGCGAUGUUUUAUUGUGGUCGAUCAACAAUGACAACUUAAACUACAAACGGUCGACCACUACAUUUUAAAGGUCGAUUGUGAUAAGUCAUCAGGGUGCCCACAUUAGUGUAUUCGGGAACCUCACAAAACAGAAACGACAUAUUAGGUCGACCUAAUCCUAUAUAAGGUCGACCUAAAAGUGCAUAUCAGGUCGACUUAAUCCUAUAUGAGGUCGACCUAAAAGUACAAGUUACGGUGACAGGCAUACCCCAAAUCUAGUGUGAUAAAUACAUUUGACGAUAUUAAUUUUAACAUGAGGGGUAUCAUCAUAUGUGUUUAACACCAAAUCGAAUUCCCUCGAUGCCGAUAAUCUUCACGAAAUUCUAUUUAAACACUGCAAAUCUCACAUUCAGAACUGAUCAACGAUUCGACGACGGGAAGUAUGAUUUCUUUCAUGUUGUUGAUGAGUUCAUCUAGAUUCCUUCCAUCUCUUAGAUUAUAGUUGAUUAGAUAUGAGUAACCAAAUAUUGAUAAUGUUUCUAGGGUUCUUUUUAUCUGUUUUUUUUCUCUCUCUUUGUUUGUUUCUUGUGUUACAAAUUACACCAAGAAGAUGGUGUACCUACAACAGAGGACUUCUUUUUUUUUUUUUACCUAUACAAAGAAAACCCUAUAUCCACAUAUGUUCACCGUCUUCUCUGUACGUAGUUUCUCUGAUGCCCGCUCCUCAUCGGACUCCCCUCAUUUUUUCUUAACGAAUUCAUCACGUCACAAAAGAUAAAAUUUGCCCCAUGUC